AUGGGUUUCUUCUUCGCUGUGAUCUUACUGCCAAUUUUAGUACUAUGUCCUCCCGUGGAAGCCGCCAAAUGUCCCAGAAUGUGCAACUGUGACAGUUCCAAACUCACUGUAGCCUGCGUCGGCAAGAACCUCACAGACAUUCCCUCGACUGUGGAUGAGAUUACUCUCAAACUGGACCUGAAGAACAACAACCUGCAGGUGCUGCCCAGGGGGGCGUUCCUCCACACGCCCUAUCUCACCCACCUCAACCUGCAGAGCUGUAACAUUGUCAAAGUAAAAGAGGGCGCUUUCCGAACCCUGGGCCGACUAGUCUCCUUAAACCUGGCUCACAACAAAAUUGACAUCCUUUAUCAGGAGUCUUUCGAUGGCCUUUCUUCCCUAAAGGAGCUGAAUCUGGAUAAUAAUCGUGUAGAGGAGAUCCAACCAGGAGCCUUCACACAGCUCGGGUUCCUCAACAUGCUGGCCCUCACACAUAACCAGCUGGUUUACAUCCCCAACAUGGCCUUCCAGGGUCUCCACAACAUCAAAUGGCUUCGCCUUAGCCAUAACUCCCUGAACAACCUGGCACCUGAGGCGUUCACUGGCCUGUUCACCCUCAGCCGCCUCAGUUUGGACCACAAUGAGCUGCAAUUCUUUCCCACUCAGACCAUGACCAGACUCCCAGAGGUCACACACCUGGACAUGAGCCAUAACCCAAUGACCUACCUUGGUGAAGACUCCAUCUCCAUGGCAAAGCUUACACACCUCUACCUUGACCACAUGUCCCUUCAGGACCUAUCAGACCAGGCUUUGGGCCAUGCCCCCCUUCUGUCCCACUUGGACCUCAGCUACAAUCAGCUCCGGUACCUGGAGCCGCUGUCAGGGCCCACACAGCUGACCAGCCUCAACCUGACCGGCAACCCAAUCUACUGUAACUGCUUCAUGCGGCCCCUGAGAGAGUGGGCUCGUGUGGGUGGUGUGAAGCUCCUGGGAUCCUGUGUUGGACCACCGCACCUCUCAGAUGAGCUGCUGGAGACAAUGACUGCUCUGGGUCUGCGAUGCCGCCCAGGGGAGACACUGAAGGAGGAGUCUGAGGAAAAUGAUGAGCAGCCAGGAAACACCCCACCCACAGUCAAACCCCAGCACAAAGUCAAGUGUCCAGUCAACUGUGACUGCGAUAUCAAAGCCCAGCAUGCUACAUGUGAGGGCCGGGGCCACACCAAAGUCCCCCGAGGCUUCCCCACUGUGACGCAGCUGCUGGACCUCCGUAGCAACCACUUCCACUACAUUCCAAAAAACAGCUUCCCAGGAACCAGCAAAGUUGUUUCUGUUCACCUGGAGUUCUGCAAAAUCCGUGAAAUAGAAAGUGGUGCCUUCAGGGGAAUGAAAAACCUCUUUUAUUUGUAUCUUUCUGACAAUGACCUCACAUCCUUGGACCCAGAAGCCUUUGUUGGACUGCCUGAGCUCACCUACCUUCACUUAGAAGGGAACCGGCUGAUACAGUUCCCGGGAUCAGCUCUGGCAGCCAUACCAAAUCUGUUCGUGUUACACCUGGAGCGAAAUGCCAUCUCCAAACUAGAGCCCACUGGUUUGCUGUCAUCAGUAACUCCUAGCCUUAGGGAACUUUAUCUGACCAACAACACCAUUUCAUCUAUUGCUAAGGAUGCCCUGGACUCUGCUCUCCUUGGUGUACUUCACCUAGAUUCAAAUCAGCUGACGGAGGUGCCUACCCAAGCUCUUUCUAAGGCUGCUAAUCUGGAGGAGAUCAAUCUGUCUCAUAACUCAAUUCGCUGGGUGGGACCAUACGCAUUCCAGUCGGUAUCUCAAAGUCUGAAGAGGCUUAACAUGGACAAGAUGGACAUGGAGCAGAUGUCUCGAGAUGCUCUGGCAGGUCUAGGCGCAGGACUGAGGGCUCUGACUGUUAGAGGAAACAAGCUACAGGAGGUUCCUGACCUGAGCCUGUUAACUGGCCUGGAGGUGGUCGACCUGCAAGACAACCCCCUGCUGUGUGACUGCCCUCUGCUGCCUCUACGAAGGUGGAUGGAGAACGUGAAUUUGGAGGUUGUUGCCACAUGUAGCAGCCCCCCUGAGCUCAAAGGUCAGAAGGUUAGAGACAUCCAUGUCUUUAAGUCCUGCCCAGAAACUGGUUCUCCUCCACAGACUGAGGUCAUUGUGCCACCCAAACCUUCAAAAGUGAAGAAAACCAAACCAAAACCCAGCCUUAAGAAGACCCCUGCAGUCAGAGCUGCAUCUGCCAAACCCAAAGUAAAAGCAGCCAAAGCUACCAAGAAAUCUGUGGCAUCAAAGGCAACAAAGAAAAAUAAAACACAGUGAUACCUUUA